AUGUAUCAAUAGUCCAAAAGUCAUGUUAAUGAACAAGUCUGGAAGAACACACAGACACUUCUUGCUGCUUGCAGCCUUUUUCAUACUUACGAUAAUGAGAAUGAAGGUUAGUUUCAGUAUUAAUGUGACGUAAAAUUAUUUUUUAUCCCUAUUUUAUGCGAUCGCCUUCAGGGAAAGAUAUAGCGAUUGUUUAUAUAAUUACGUCUAAAGUUUAUUGGUACUAUUAAUUCUUUAGCGAAACUUUUGAAUGUUAAUUUUUUUAUGAAAUGCUAUUUGUCUGCUUGCAUAUGGAAGCUGCUGCUGCAGAUGAAGAAGAGUUGGAAGUUGUUCCAGCAAAUUAAGCAAGCGAAUUUUUAGUAUCUUGUUAAUCAUUUUUGUUGUUGGCUAAAGGACCAUUUGAUAUAAGAGAUGAUAAGUGGUAAAUAGAAUUGUUCAUCAUUUCUGAAUACCCGCUUUCGCAAUAGCUUGAUACUUCUUCUUCUUCUAUAUAAUUUCUUGUUCCAUAUUUUUAGUUAAUUUUAGCAGUCCUGCUCUUAAUUGUCUGUUUAAUCGCACUGA